AUGGAAGCCAAACGGGAGGAGGAGCCGAGGGUGAUGACGCUCCGGCCGGUGGAGGCCACGCAGGAGUCCUUCGCGCCCUUCGGGCAGGUCAUCGCCGCCUCCCCCGACGGCGACCAGUUCGGCCCCCACGACGCCCAGCUCGACCUCAGCCGCGGCAUCCCUAGGUUCUACAUCAUGAGAUUGGAGAGCAGGCCGCUCAAGUUCUCUUCCAUCACCCACCACGCCAGCGUCACGCAGUGCCUGGGCUCCAUCGGCGGCCAGGAUUGGUACCUCGGCGUGGCCAAGCCCUCCAUCGUGGACGGGCAGAGUGGCCAGGACCGUGGCAGGAGUCUCGUGCAGUCGCGCGCUGGGCAUUUCUAUCUGCCUCCCGAUCCGUCCGAGGUCUGCGUCUUCCGGGUCUCUGGUCCCAAGUUUCUCAAGCUGCACGCAGGGACCUGGCACGCCGGGCCGCUGUUCAAGGCAGACGCCGUGGAUUUCUAUAACCUGGAGCUCAGCAACACCAAUUAUUAUAAGUUCAUUACUGCAUUUAGUUUGUCUGGAAAACAGUUGUUCCAUCUGGCUUCUAGUAAAUCCGAGUUCGUCAGAGAGUUCAUGACCCGGUCCAUUCCCAUCCUGAGUAGCACAGUGCUGCUGAUCGUGGAUCACACCACGCACUACUUCAAGAAGCACGACGGUGUAACCUUUGUGAUCGAUGACUGA